CCGGCAGUAUCCACGUGUUCAACGUGGUGGGCCGUCGCGCGCGCCGCCGAAGUGCCGCCACUCGCAUUAUGACCCGGAUGUUGAGAUUACAGUUGGUGUUUAAAUACAUUAUUAUAGCGAUACGAAAAACCGGAUGCGCCGUGGUCGAUUAUAGCUAGCACGCGUCGUCGUCCAGCUCUGGUGGUACAAGUAGUAUAGUAAGAUUGCAGGAACGGCGCCCUCGUCGUCGUCGGCAUCGCGACGCGGUGUGCAUAAAACGCGCGCUAGAUCGAAAUAUGUUUAAUCGGAUAGACGCAAGCAAAUCAACGAAAGGUGCGAGCAAGCUGCGUCGAGAUUUGAUAAAUGCCGAAAUAGCAAACCUCCGUGAUCUCUUGCCGCUACCGGCUUCCACGCGGCAGCGAUUGUCACAGCUACAGCUCAUGGCGCUCGUUUGCGUUUUCCUACGCAAGGCAAACUACUUUCAACGAGCCUUUAAACCAAAUUCGUCGGAAUCAUCGAACAUACCGAUGCCAAACAUUGGGUUCUCAAAGGCCAUGUCCGGAUUUAUCAUGAUGAUGACACAACAGGGCAAGCUAUUGUACAUAUCGGAAAAUGCCACGGACUACCUUGGACACUCCAUGGAAGACCUCUUGAUCCACGGUGACAGCAUUUACGAUGUGAUAGACAAGCAGGACCACGUCGUAGUUCAGAAUCAGCUUUCACGCAACGUCGCUGGAAACAACAAUAGAAGAUUAUUCCUCUGCCGCAUCAACGUCUCGAGGAAUACUCGACGUCAACUUAGAUUCGGCGAUCAAAAGGUGGUCCUUGUAGAGGGACGAUAUCUACCCUUCGUUCCCCUGUGCAAUCGCGGUGACUCUGUAUUCCUUGCCUCCUGCACACCGGUUGUUCUCCCAGAAACGAGAGAAAGUGUCGUUCAGGGAGCGACGAAUAUAUUUUCUACAAUUCACUCAAUGGACAUGAAGUAUAUUCACAUUGACAAGACGGCAGAAAGUCAUAUGGAAUACAGCAGAUCCGAGCUCGUCGGUGUAUCUUGGUACAAUCUUCUUCAUUGGGACUCCAUUAGAACAGCUCACUGCAAACAUCAAACCGUUAUCCAAUCAGAUCAAGAACGUUCGAGCACCGCCCUUUUACGACUGCAAAGUCGGUCUGGAAAAUGGUUCUGGGUUCAUUGCGUUCUCCAAGUUAAAGACACGACGGAAGAGUGCCAACAUCCGGUUAUAGUUUGCACGAAUCAAGUACUGAGCGACAGUGAGGCUGACGUGAUGAGGGCGAGUUCAUGGCUGUACCAAUAUGCGUCCCAGACGAAAUUCAGUUACGGUCCAGUGCCAGAAUUGCAAACGCGGCCAACUCUAUCCUACAACAACCACGAUUAUAACUUGAGGCGAAACCUCGUCACCAGCUAUAAUUCCAGCUGCAGUACGGCGAACGGCAUCGAGGAGGCUCAUUGCGUGGAAAAGUCCGACCUCGAGUACACCCUUAUGACGAAAAAAAAGCAGCUGCAGCAGCAACAACAGCACCUGCAGCAACAACAGCAACCGCAGCAGCAACAGCACGCAUCUACGCACUCCUCAACGCACAUUAGCCGGGAGACCUCGGAACCGGUGGACAUGUCGAUAAACGGAGCCGUGAUCUCACACCAUACAGGAGACAUCGAGCAGCGAACCCUCCACAUACUAUCCCAAGCCCUGACAUUCAACAUCCGUAACAACAAGCAACGGAAGGGGAGCAGCACCCUGCUCCAGCAGCAGAUGCAUCACGGCAACUCAGUUCCCGGGGUGAGUUCCACGAUUUUGCGAGAGUGUUCAUCCCCGAGAUGUUCUCCGAAGUACGUCAGUCUAACGGACCUGGACAAGAGUUACGGUGAGAGUACCGAGGUGACUUCAAUCGUAGCUUCGGCUUGCUGCACAGCGACGGCGAUAGACAGCUGCAGCUACAAUUCGCAGAGGCGGCUGGUGAUUAAAACGGCGACGAUCGUCGAGCCAGCCGAGGUCUGCACCGAGCCUUGGGGCACGGCUUGUACUUCCGUUGGAAACGCUUGGGUCGACACUCUCCAGAAGGUUCCCGAUAUCGUUCAGCUCCAGGAGCUCAGCCCCUGCGUCACGACGCCUACCACACCUUGCACCGACGUCUCGGCUGACUCGGACCUCAGAUCCGGGACACCGAUUUUCAAUUUUGACUGGUCGGCCGAGCACCAUGUGCCCAGCCUCAAGGUCAAUUUCCGCAACGUCACCAGCCACGAUAGCAAGCGGACUCUUGUGCAGCCUUGUGAGGUUUCGCAGCCUGCUAUCACCCUACAGUUACCUGCUACGAGGCGAAAACAUACAGGGGCGGGUUCUGACGUCACAAAAGGAUUCACGAAAUGAGGACGAAUGUUCUUCUGAAAGAUCGUGGUUACGCUGAUCAGUGUUAAUGUUUGUCUUUUUUUCGGAUUGAACUGUGCGCCCGCGGAUUAUGGAUUUCGAUUUUGGGAGUCAUGAUUGCUAUAAAAAAUGCAUAACGGAUACACCAAUUUCUGUUAAAUAAAUUUGACUAGCAAAAUUAUUACGGCAAAGUUAACAGAACCAGAGGAAUUAAUUGUUUUUAUGCGUUUGUGGCUAUCAUAUCGUUACAAUUAUCCUCCGUGUAAAUGUAUUAUUAUCUCUAUUACCUGUGUAUAGUUAUGUAGUUAUACGCGAGUGUGAUAAUGUAUGUUACUAUUUUCAUUUUGGAGAUGUUUGUAUAAUAAUUAUUAUUACGUGAAUAAAA